AUGGCUUGGGACGAGAUGUAUGAGUUCUUCUCGUUGGAGACUCUUGACACUCGAUUGGAGGCUCCAACAGAAACCAAAAAGAAAAGUCGGAUCCAAGAACAAGCACCUCCAGUAUCAAAGUGGAACACGACUGAGUUCAAAGUAUAUGGCGUAAUAUUUGCUAUCGCGGUGCCUUGGAUGUUUAAAACUGCCAUGGAUGCCUCCAACGAGACAAAUGCCAAUUACAGUCGAUUUCAACAUCUUUUGCUGGACGGGUGGAUGUUUGGCCGUAAGGUUGAUAAUUCCGAUGCUCAGUACCGAUUCUUUCGAAGCAACUUCUUUUUGUUGAUGGGCCUUGUGGCUAUUCAUUUUGGUCUUAGAAAGGCUACAACGUCUAUAAUAAGAAAGAGAACAACGUUUGAUUUCCUCUGUGGAAUUGUGUUCCUCUUUGGUGCUCAUGGGUUCAACAGUCUCAGAAUCAUUAUCCAUAUCCUAGUCAAUUGGAUCAUUGGACAAUAUGUCAGCCAUAAGAAGGUUGCUAUUGGAUUGACAUGGGGCUAUGGAAUCUUAACACUUUUCCUUAAUCAUUGGUUCAGAAAUACUCCUAUUGGGAUUGACUUUAUUGACUCAGGUUUCAAAGGUAUAGUAGCUCGUUGGGACGUAUUUUUCAACUUUACUAUGUUAAGAAUGCUUUCGUUCAAUUUAGAUUAUUUGGAACGGAAGGAAAAGGUCCAAGAUCCAGAAACCAUUGCUAUGGAGAAAAAGUUGGGCGGUGGUACAGUAACUCGUCAAUUGGAUGAUAGAGAAAGAUUAACUGCUCCUUUAGCCUUAAAUGAUUAUAACUUUGUGAAUUAUAUUGCAUACCUUUUCUACUUGCCAUUAUUUAUUGCUGGUCCAAUAAUUACCUUCAACGAUUACAUUUUCCAAUCCAAUUAUCAACCCUUAGCAAGUGUACUGAACUAUAAGAGAACUGCUAUAUAUUUCGGUCGUUUCUUAUUCUGUGUGUUGGUGAUGGAAUUUCUUCUACAUUUCAUGUAUGUGGUUGCAGUCUCUAAGACAAAGGCUUGGGAAGGGGAUUCAGUAUUUGAAAUUAGUAUGAUUGGAUAUUUCAAUUUGAAUAUCAUUUGGCUUAAGCUUUUGAUUCCCUGGAGAUUGUUCAGGUUUUGGAGUUUAUUAGAUGGCAUUGAUCCUCCGGAGAAUAUGAUUAGAUGCAUGAGUAAUAAUUAUUCAGCAUUGGCAUUCUGGAGAGCAUGGCAUAGGUCUUACAAUCGGUGGGUUAUUAGGUACAUUUAUAUUCCCAUGGGAGGCGGAGGAAGAUUCCGUAUAAUCAAUAGUCUUCUAGUGUUUACCUUUGUUGCUAUUUGGCAUGACAUUGAACUUAAACUCUUGAUGUGGGGUUGGCUAGUGGUUAUAUUCUUGAUUCCGGAGAUUGCGGCCACGGCUAUAUUCAACCAAUACAAAGGUCAAUGGUGGUACCGGUACGCAUGUUCUAUUGGAGCCGUAUUUAACAUUUGGAUGAUGAUGAUAGCCAAUUUAUCUGGCUUUUGUUUGGGUCAAGAAGGUGUGCUUUUAUGGCUCAAACAAAUGUAUUCCACACCGUUUGGUGCGUUAUACUUCUUCUUGUCACUGGGGGCGUUAUUUGUGGGUUCUCAAGUUAUGUUUGAGACUCGGAACUCGGAACAUCGUCGUGGAGUUAACGUCAAGUGUUGA